CUUAUCUUAGGCGAGUAUAUGAUCGUCAUUACCGGACGUGCCCGGAUCGGCUCUUUGUGUGGUUCCGAUAUCUACAGGGCAACCACAUUUCAAAUCCUGCAUGUCCCACACACAAUGCCUGCUCUGACGAAGCAACAAAUGGAAACUGAACAAAUGUUUAUCAAUUUGCUUGAAGAUCAUUUAAAACAAAACAGCUUUUAUUUCUCGUAUAAAUACCAUCUCACCUUAACUAUCCAGCAGCAGGCUGCUUUGGGACAGAACUCUAGAUCUCAAUGGGAGGAGGCAGACACUCGUUUCUUUUCAAAUAGAUUCUUGAUGGAGAAAUUGAUUAAUGCUACUCAACACAAGACUAAUCCUCAAGAUAGUUACUUAUGUGCUGUAGUUGUUGCAAUUGUAUCAUCGGUGAUCCAGAGAAGACAGGUCGUAUUUGGCCUGAUUAGCCGUCGUAGUCUGGAACGGGACGGCACUCGAUACUUCUCUCGUGGACUAGAUAUUAAAGGGCAUGCAAGUAAUUUUGUCGAAACAGAGCAAAUAUUGCUAUGUGAUCUACCUCAAUCCCUAUCUACUACAGAACACCCCCUUCAAUUCUCAUUUGUUCAAACCAGAGGAUCCAUGCCUGCUCGUUGGGGGCAGAUUCCAAACACAAGAUACACACCCCAACUAUGGCUCAACAACGACCUUUCUAAUCUAGAUGUCCUCGACAUUUCACGUACUCAUUUUGACCAACAAAUUGAACACUACGGAUCUCAAGUGCUUGUUAAUUUGGUCAACAAAAAGGGAUACGAGCUUCCAGUUGGUGAGCUGUAUCGUUCAAUCGUUGAGAAACUGGCAAAUCCACGUUUAUUUUAUGUUCAUUUUGAUUUUCAUCACGAAUGUCGCAAGAUGCGGUGGAAUCGUGUUCAGCUAUUGUUGGAUAUGUUAGAGCCAGAGUUACGAAAACAGAGCUAUUGCUUUUAUGAUGCAACCACGCCUGUGCUUAAAAAGAGGCAAACUUCAGUAGUGCGCACAAACUGUAUGGACUGCCUGGAUCGUACCAAUGUUGUCCAGAGUGCAUUGGCACAUUGGGUACUUGACCUUCAAUUAAGAGAAGCUAAUGUCUUACAGUCAACCGAGGUCGUUGAGAAUGAUGAAGCCUUUAUCUCUAUUUUUAAGAAUGUUUGGGCAGAUAAUGCUGAUGUAUUAAGCAUUGCUUACUCUGGUACAGGUGCACUCAAGACAGACUACACCAGGCAAGUUGACCUUAUGCUUUUAACAGGUAAACGCUCCUAUGCAGGAGCACUCUCGGAUUUGUCAAACUCAAUCUUGCGCUACAUCAAGAACAAUUACAUGGAUGGCUCUCGACAAGAUGCAAUUGAUCUAUACUUGGGAAAUUAUCGUGUAGGAAAGGGACAGCUGGACAUCAACACAAGCGGAAAAUCAUGGCAAAUCCGUGUUAUUCCACCUGCCUUUUUCUUGUCUUUCGCAACCUUUGUAUUCGCGUUAUUUUUUCCAUCCCAUCUUGCCAUCGAGUCUUCGCUUCUCUAUUUAUUUCUACUAUCCUUUUGCUUUGCAAUUGUAUUGGUGACCUGGCGCUUUAUCCAACUUCACGGAUCAGAAUUUGUGAAUUGGCCUAAGCUU